UCGCGGAUCAUGCUGGAGUUUUAGGUGCACCGCUAAUAGAAUGGGGGCUGUCGUCUGGUUGUUUCUCUUUUUACAGUUGUGCAAUUUCUUUGCAGGCUUUACGGUUGCUGAUGAACCAAAUGAAGAAGUUAAAAUAGAAGUGGUGUUCUUGCCCGAAAAAUGCACACAGAAGAGCAAAAAAGGCGAUUUAAUGAAUGCUCAUUAUGAUGGCUACCUUUCAAAUGGUACAAAAUUCUACUGCAGUCGUUCAGAAAAGGAUGGGCACCCCAAGUGGUUUGUAUUGGGUGUUGGACAAGUGAUCAAAGGCCUUGACAUUGGAAUGAAAGGCAUGUGUCCUGGGGAAAAAAGAAAACUAACAAUCCCUCCUUCGUUAGGGUUUGGAAAACAAGGGAAAGCGGACUUAGUCCCACCUAAUGCCACGCUGACCUUUGAGGUUGAACUGCACCAUAUCUCUAGAGGUCCACGUAGCAUGGAGGCUUUCAGAGAAAUGGACUUUGACAACAGCAGAAGCCUGACUAAGGAUGAGAUUAGGAAGUUCCUGGUGAUGGAGGACAAGAAAGGUGGAAAAGUACGUGAAGACUCAUUUUAUGACGCCGUCAUUACAGAUGUAUUCCGCAAGAGUGAUCACAAUGGGGACGGAGAGAUAUCUGCGAAAGAGUACAACGUCUAUGAACAUGAUGAGCUCUAGCAUCUAGCACUAAGAGCACUGACUCAGCUGGGAUGUUAUAUAUGUGAUUCAAAUAAUGCA